CUGCUCGACAACGACUUCAUAGCAAACUAUCUUCAUCUCUCUCGGUUUCUGCUCUCAGUCUCUUUCCAUUCUCAUCUCUCUGUUCUCUCUUUCUCUCUUUCCGGGAUCUAGUCGGACUUGGCUCUCUCUUUCUCUCUCUCGGCGCUCUCGCUCUCGCUCUUCUCCGUCUCGGCUCUCCCCCUUUUGUCUAACGAAACCACCACGGCCAACUACCGACAAGCUAUACCGCCUACACCUCGCCUCUACACCUCCACAUCGCUAUCACCACUAAACCCCAACUGCAUUAAAGCAACCAUGUCGACCCCUCAACAACCCGGACAAUCGCAAUCCCCCGUACCUGUCGGUACCCCGGCAGGAGGAGCUUCGUCGUACGGGAUGAUGUCUCCCCCUCAGCAACAACAGCCUCAGGUUGCGGCUGGUCAGAGUAUGGCUGUUGCUGGGGUAGAUAGCACCGGGCAACAACGACGAGCCCAUCUCUACGUCGGAUGUCUCUCCCCUCGUGUAACCGAGCAUAUGCUCACCGAGAUCUUCGCCGUCGCCGGCCCCGUCGCCCAAGCCAAGAUCAUCCAAGACCGAAACUUUCAGCACGGCGGUCUCAACUACGGUUUCGUCGAAUACUCGGACACCCGUGCUGCCGAACAAGCCCUUCAGACGCUGAACGGUCGAAAGAUCUUUGAUACCGAGAUCCGCGUCAACUGGGCUUACCAGACCCAAUCCCAGACCGCCGCUUUGGGAGCUACCGCAGGAGCAGGUCCGAACGCCGGGGUGGCAGGGGUGAUGGCCCCGAUGAUAGGGGGCACCGGUCAACCGGGCAUGUUGACGAACAAGGGCAAGGAGGAUACGCACAACCACUUCCACGUGUUUGUCGGUGAUCUCAGUCCCGAGGUGAACGACGAGGCGUUGACCAAGGCGUUUGGGGCGUUCCCGACGAUGAGCGAGGCGAGGGUCAUGUGGGACAUGAAUUCGGGCAAGAGUAGGGGGUACGGGUUCUUGGCUUUCAGAGAAAAGUCGGACGCCGAACAGGCCAUCUCGACCAUGAACGGAGAAUGGCUCGGAUCUCGAGCGAUCCGCGUCAACUGGGCCAACCAAAAGACCCAAACAGGUGGUUCUCGAGUCGGAGGGAUGGCCGGAGGGAUGGGCAUGGGCAUGGGAAUGGGCAUGGCUUCCUCUGGAGGAUUCACCGGCGCCCCAGCUCCUUCCAACUUUUCUGGCGGCCCGCUCGAUUUCGAGACCGUCGUCUCCCAAACCCCGGCUUACAACACCACCGUCUACGUCGGCAACCUGAUCCCUUAUUCCACCCAGGCGGACCUGAUCCCCCUGUUUCAGGGGUACGGGUACAUCGUCGAGAUCCGUAUGCAAGCCGAUCGGGGGUUCGCGUUCGUCAAGCUGGACACGCACGAACACGCCGCUCAGGCGAUCGUCAACUUGCAAAACUAUCCGGUACACGGACGUCCGAUCAAGUGUUCCUGGGGUAAAGAUCGGGAGGGUGGAGCGGCUGGUGGUACUGCAGGCCGGGAUGGGCAUGAUGGGCGGUUACCCAGCGAUGAUGUACGGGAUGCAACCUAAUGCUUAUGCGCAGUAUGCCGGAUACCCGGGUUACCAGGCUUACGGUCAGCCCGCUGCUGCCGGCGCCGCCGUCGCUCCCGGUGGAACGCCUCAGCAGGCCGCUUAUUGGCAGACCCAACAAGGAGCCGGUCAGUGGGGCGCCUACUACGGUGGUCAGCCCGGACAAUCUUCUUGAUAGCAUGCGCUCGGGAGGAUUCGUGUUGAUCAGAUAGAUGGACGGAAGUCUUGUUGUCCUACUGACUCGUUUAGAUCGCGUACCGCAUAUAGAGCAUAUUUUGUAAUCGAGGUGGCCUGCAUAGA